UCUCCGGCUUAACUAGAAGCGACUAGAAAGUGGAAUUUUAGAGGCGUGACAAGCAGUAAACUUAUGGCUGCGAAGUGCUUCCUUUUCCGGAUUUUCUUUUUUAUAUGGGUCGCAGAAAUGUGCAAGGCUUAUCCUAAAAAUGUCAAAGGAUUUCUUCCACGUGUUUCAAAGCCACAAUGCGAGACCCCAGUUAAGCGCAUCAUUGGUGGAGAGAUAGCAACGCCCAAUCAAUGGCCAUGGCAGGCACAGAUUCUUCGCUGGAAGAAAGAAAAUAAUAGCUAUGUUCAUAGAUGUGGUGGCAGUCUGUUUAAUCUUGAGUGGGUUGUGACUGCAGCUCAUUGUGUUUUUGAUCAGGAAGUCUCUGCAUUGAAAGUUAGGCUUGGCGAGUACCAACGCAAUGUGACAGACAUAUCAGAGCAAGAUUUCACAGUGUCUGCCGUSCACCUUCACAGUCGAUUCCUAGCGGAUUCAGAAUAUGCUUACGACAUUGCCAUCCUAAGACUCAACAGGACUGUAAAGACAUCAUGUGCUGUAUACCCGAUAUGUUUGCCAAGACUAUAUGAUCAAGUACCAAUAGGGAAGGAAUGCUUUCUGACUGGUUGGGGCAUGAACGAGUUCGGCGGAGAUAAAUCCAAUUUCCUUCGUCUUGUCAAGCUACCGGUCGUGUCUUACCAAGAUUGCUACGACAGGAACAAAAAAAAACACAGAGUUGAUAGAUUCUCUAGUAUCUGCGUAGGGACUGUCGACGGUAAUCAAACACAGAGUGGUUGUCAUGGGGACAGUGGUGGACCGCUGGCCUGUCAAGACGACAACGGUCGGUGGGAACUGCAAGGAGUGGUCAGCUGGGGAGACCACCAUUGUGGGAACGCGUAUUACUCGGUUUUCACGAGAGUUAGUUCGUUUGUUGACUGGAUUGGACAGAAGAUGGCGUCUGCUCCUCUUCAAAAAACUGUUAAAUGCGUGGACACUCACUACUAUUGCAAAGAAUGGAAAGAAAAGGGGUGGUGUGACCAGAGAUACUUUGAACACAUGCUGAAGGGAUACUACUGCAAGAAAACGUGCGGUGCUUGUUAGAAGCCCUAAACUGAAC